AUAUGGAAUUUCAGAAAAACAAAUACAUAACCUCAGAAUCACAGCAUUCAAGACAGUUUUCAGUCGCAAUUUUGGAAGUAAAAUCUGAAUGAAAAUUGACUGAAUAAAAUUAUCCGCAACAAAUCUAGCGGCUUUCAAUCUACCUACAUCACACACGUACAGUUGCAUUAAAAAUUUGAUUCUGGAUCAUGGAAGCGAAGGGAGCAUCGGGAAAUGAAAAGAAAAACGGCGAAUCGAAGAAAAGUAUUCGCGAAGAAAAACAACGUGAUGCGAAAAUCGACGAUCAAAUUGAGAAGUUGCUAAAGUCAUUGGGUAAUUCAACACCAGACCAAAAGAUUUCGUCUUUGGCAAAGAAUUUGGUUGAAUUAGAGAAUGCUCAUCACCGUCAGGUGACAACAUUGAAACAAAAUGAAAAAUCGUUUGAUGCGCUGCAACGAGAAAAAGACCGUCUGCAGAUCGAGUACAACAAAUCCGUGCUUAUCAAGCACAAACUCGAACAAGUGUGUCGUGAGCAACAGAAACUCAUGAAGUCCAUAAAAAGUGAGAGCCUGUCCAAGAUCCGUGACGAGGAGGAAAAGCGAAAGGAAACUCAGCAACACUUUCAACAGUCAAUCAAUGAAAUAUUCACAACUCUUGGCAAGAACAACGACGAAAACGCCAAAUUGAAAGAGGCUAAUUUGGAAAUAACUAAGAAAUUUAAAUACCUUGCCGAACAGUACGAGAUGCGCGAAAAACAGUUGAUGAAGACUAACGAGCAGGUUAAUUUAAGUACUCAACUGAAUGAAGCCAAAUUGGCGAAAAUCAAAAUGGAAUCGACUCUUGAGCGAGAGAUUUUGUUAAAGGAAAAGGAAACAAUCUUGGAAGAUCUCUUAGAAGCGAAGAAGCUGAUCAUUGAUUCGCAAGGCCGUGAAAGGAUACUCAAAGAGCAAUUGAAUAUGUACACGGAAAAGUACGCUGACUUCCAGAGCUCUUUGAAAAAGAGUAACGAUGUGUUCGAGACAUACAAAAUUGAAAUGACCAAGAUGACCAAGAAGAUCAAAUCUCUUGAGAAAGAAAAUUUCGAAUGGCGUUCAAAGUAUGAGAAAAGCACCAAAGCUAUGCUAGAAAUGGCUAGUGAUAAAACUGCGCAAGACCAGUAUGUAGGAAAAGCAGCUCGUCAGUUAGCCCAACUACAGAAAUUAUGCCGUACUUUACAGGCUGAGCGUACGUCACUGUUGGAUGUUCUCAAAGCCAACAAUAUUGAGCGUCCACCAAUGGCGGAACUGCCACCAGAACCAGUCAUUGAACCGCCACCAAAAAGCGCCGACAAAUUGGAUAUCAUGUCUCGCAAUUGUUCCGAAUUGAAGGCAACCUUGGCAGUGCUGCAGGGACAGAUGAAUGCGUUAAGUGCGGAAAAGAAGACUCAAGAAACGCCGGUCGUUGAACCAACUCAACCGAAGAAAUCGAAGAAUAAGAAAAACAAAGCCAAUAAAUCGUGUCCGAUCACUGACCGCUCUGCUACGUCUACCACCAACGGCAAAACUAAUUCAACUGUCACGGUCAAUGAGGGUGACGACGUUCCGACCAACAACGAAAAUGCUUCUGUGGAGCCGGUUAACGGUGCUGAACAAAAAACCGAAGUGGUGGUUGAAUCGGCUGUGUCGAGUGAAAAUGUCAAUAUCGAUCGGCAGGCAACUGAGGAAAUUGUUAAAGAUUUAAUUGACGACUUGGUGAAAGAUGUGCAGGCAAAGUGCUCUCUUGAAUCUCAAAAUGGUAAGGACGCACCAGUGAAAGUAGUAAAUGGGGACAAUGGUGUUACUUCAUCGACUACUCCCAUCCUUGCUGAAUCUGAGGGCUCUACUUCUCCAUUAGUAGUAACAGAACUAAACAAUGACGAGCCAGUCAACAUUUCUGCGGACUAGUUUGUUUUAUCUGACAAUUUUCAUUGACACUAUCCCGUCGGAAAGACUUUUUUUAACGCGUGGAUUAUGUUGUGACUUGCAUUUGCAAUUAGGUUUUUCUUUAAAUAAGUACGACGACUGGUUAUACAUAAGUAGUCAAUCCAAUAUUAACAAAUUUGUGAACUUUUCGAAAACAAUAAAUUAACAGUCAAUAGAUGAA